AUGACAGAAGAGAACUUUGAGGAUCUCUUCAUAUCUGACACAGAGCCAGAAGAAUUAUAUGAAGAGCUUGGACCCAUUGGUGUUGGAAACUACGGCUCUGUGAUAAAAGCACGUAAUCGACAAACACAAGAGAUUGCAGCUAUUAAACUUGUACUUCUUGUAGACAAGGAUGAACGUGAUUUUGUGCAGCGGGAGAUUAGUAUUUUAAAGAAAUGUGUCCAUCCCAAUAUUGUGCGUUACUAUGGUGCCCACAAGUCUCUUAGUAAACUGUGGAUUGUGAUGGAGUACUGCGAGGGUGGAUCUGUAGAUAUGGUGUAUAAAGUACUUCGACAACCACUACCAGAACCCCUCAUUGCAUACGUCUGCCGUCAAGUAUUACUUGGACUGCAGUAUUUACAUGCCAAUAGAAAGAUCCAUCGUGAUAUUAAAGGUGGUAAUAUUCUUCUCACACGUGAUGGGGAUGUGAAAUUGGCUGAUUUUGGUGUUAGUACCGAACUCACUCACUCCCUCUCACGACGAAAUACAUUUGUUGGGACUUUACUGUGGAUGUCGCCAGAGGCCAUUCUUGAACUUGACUAUGAUGAGAAGGCCGAUCUGUGGAGUUUAGGGAUUACACUUAUUGAGAUGGCGGAGGGAGCUCCACCGUAUUUAGAUACACACCCCGCACGGGCACUCUUUAUGAUUCCAAAGGUGGAUCCACCAACAUUGCAUGAUAAAGAGCGUUGGUCACCGCAGAUGGUACUCUUUCUAAAGCGGCUUCUCACUAAAGAUCACAAUAUGCGACCAACAGCGGCGAUGAUGUUAAAUGAUCCGUUUGUACAACCAGAGAAUAUUGGCACAAAGGAACAAAUGAAGGCUAUUAUUGAUGAAGUAUUGGCAAAGAAAGAGGCGAUGGGACCACAACGAUUACAUGGAGAUACAAACUCCAGUGCUACCUUUGUUGAACGCACAUCCACAGAAAGUGAUAUGGAAGAUGCUGGUAGUGUUGAAAGUGGCAUGAGUGGAAGACACCCACCCGUAUCCGCAAAGGUUCCUGUUAGUAAUGCACCUACAUCUAUGGAGGCAUUAGAUGUGACAGGAACCCAUCUCUUUUUCCACGAUGGCACCUUACUUCCACUUCCAUUGCUUUCUACACAAGAGAUUGGAUUUGAUGAACUGAGUUUUGAGGGACAACGUGUUGGGCCGUUUGCAAAGCCGGUGCCGGAUGCCGAAUUCCUUCUCGUUCCACCAGAGCAGCGAUCCGCACCGUGUCAUGAGGGUGGACGUCUCGCACACACUAUGCAUGUUACCCAAAAACUUCAAGGAAUGUUGUAUUAUCAUAAACAAUUACCGUUUUUUAGAGAAUUAACGGAUGCAGAGGCUGCAAGGUCAAAGGAACUACAACUAAAGUAUGGUUCUCUCUUGAAAAGCAUCUAUCGUUUGUGA